AUGAUAUUUCAAGCGGCCAUAAAAAAAUACGGAGUACCGGAAGAAGAAAUUUUUCAAACUGCCGACUUGUUCGAACGCAGAAACAUAGCGCAAGUGACGCUCUGCCUUUACGCCCUCGCUCGCAUUACCCAAAAGCACCCGGAGUACACAGGCCCUUCAUUGGGACCUAAGAUGGCUGAUGCUAACAAGAGAGAAUUUACUGAAGACCAAUUGAGAGCUUCUGAGGGCCACCUCAACCUUCAAAUGGGAUUCAACAAAGGAGCCUCCCAGUCUGGAUUGGGAUCUUUUGGCAAUUCGAGGCAUAUGUAAUAAACAGCAACUUUAUGAAUAAAAAACGUGCACUUCUUAGUGAUA